AUGGAGUUCACCUACAGGACAGUUCAGGAAUUCAUUUUGGUGGGCUUUGAAGUUGGGCAGCUGCAACGACUCCUGCUCCUCACCUUUUUCACUAUUCUUUACACGCUUGCCAUGGCGGAGAACAUCACCAUCAUCACGUUGGUGCAUCUUGACACCCGCUUGUCCCGUCUUCCCAUGUACAUCCUCCUGAGCAACUUCUCCUGGCUGGAGAUCUGCUAUGUGAGCACCACUGUGCCCCGCAUGCUCUUAGACCUGGCAUUGUCCAAAAAGAUCAUCUCCUUCAGUUCCUGCUUCCUCCAGUUCUACAUCUUCUUCUCUCUUGGCAGUACAGAAUGCUUCUUCCUCUCCUCUAUGGCCUUGAAUCGGUACUUGGCCAUCUGCCACCCACUGCGAUAUCCACAGAUCACGUCCCCAAAUUAUUGCUACAUCCUAGUAACUGCUUCUUGGGUCCUUAGCUUCCUUGCAUUCAUUGUUCCAGUGACACUGAUCUCCAAGAUGUCUUUCUGUGGUCCUAAUAUCAUUGACCAUUUUUUGUGUGACCCUGGGCCAAUUCUGGCUUUGGCUUGUCCUCCACUACCAAAGGCUCCCCUCGUUAGUCUGAUUUUCAUGGAUGUUGUGGUGAUCCUCGGCAACAUCAUGUUUACUGUGCUGUCCUGUGAUUGUCACUUUGAUGAAAAACUCUAG